GGCAGGGCACCUCCCCGGCUUCGCAGCGGUGACCUCCGCGGUCCUCCAGGCAGCUCGCCCUCCGGCUGCGCCCGCCCCAGAACGCCGGCGCCGGGUCCCCGCGCGACUACCUCCUGGCGUUGGCACUCCCCUCCUCCUCCUCCUCCUCGCUCGCCCCUCCUCCGCCUCUUCCGUUUCAGAGGGAAAGUCUGCAGCCUCCUUCUGGGCUCCGCAUCUCCGCUUAGGUAAUCCUCUUUCCUGCUUACGCCACCCCUCCCCGGUGUCCCCGCGCCGGCGUCUCCUCCUCCGCGCAUCUGGGUCCCCGCGAGCGGCGCGCGCUCCAUCGCCUCCGCGGAGGGCAGAUACCAGUGGUUUACCGGAGAUUCUAACCUGUGUCCAUCUCUGGCGGAGGAUCCAUGGCUUCUCUGACUCUGCCCUUCUUCCUCCCAGGAUUCAGUUCUGUUUUCUCCACCUACCUAAGUUCCACCCUAUCAACUAGGCCAAGCCGAGAGCCAGUGGAGCCAGACUAGGGCGGAGGAACCUUUAGAAAUGUCAGACGUCCUGCGGGAGCUGCUCCGCGUCUCCGAGAAGGCUGCUAACAUCGCCCGGGCGUGCCGGCAGCAGGAGGCCCUCUUCCAGCUGCUCGUGCAGGAGAAGAAAGAUGCGGAGAAGAACAAGAAGUUCGCGGCGGACUUCAAGACCCUGGCGGACGUGCUGGUGCAGGAAGUCGUAAAGCAGAACAUGGAGAAUAAGUUUCCAGGCUUGGGGAAAAAAAUUUUUGGCGAAGAAUCCAAUGAAUUUACAAAUGAUUUGGGAGAAAAGAUCACUGUGGAGCUGCGGUCCACGGAGGAGGAGACAGCAGAGCUUCUCAGCAGAGUCCUGGAUGGCAACGUGCCGGCGUCUGAAGCGCUGGCGAAGGUGGUGCAUCAGGAUGUGGACCUAAGUGACCCCACUCUGGAGUCCCUGGAAAUCAGGGUUCCACAGGACAUUCUGGGGAUUUGGGUGGACCCCAUAGAUUCCACCUAUCAGUAUAUUAAAGGUUCUGCCAAUGUGAAAUCCAACCAGGGAGUCUUCCCCAGUGGGCUUCAGUGUGUGACGAUUUUGAUUGGUGUCUAUGACAUACAGACAGGCGUGCCCCUGAUGGGAGUCAUCAACCAGCCUUUUGUGUCUCAGAAUCUAACUACUCUAAGGUGGACGGGGCUGUACUACUGGGGCCUCUCCUACAUGGGGACCAACAUCCAUUCCCCGCAGAUCGCCCUCUCUAAAGGGACCGGCGGUGAAACCCAGACUGAAAACUCAGACGGGGAGCUCUCCCGCCCCCUGUCCGCAGUCAUCAGUACCAGCGAGAACGAGACCAUCAAAGCGGCGCUGUCGCGAGCGUGCGGGGGCGGCGUCUUCCCGGCAGCGGGGGCAGGCUACAAGAGCCUCUGUGUAGUCCAAGGCCUGGUUGACAUUUACAUCUUCUCAGAGGACACCACGUUCAAGUGGGACUCCUGUGCCGCCCACGCCAUUCUGAGGGCCAUGGGCGGGGGCAUUGUAGACAUGAAAGAGUGCUUGGCGCGAAAUCCCCAACCGGGGCUGGACUUACCACAGUUGCUGUAUCACACGGAAAACAAAGGUGCUUCCGGAGUGGAUCUCUGGGCCAACAAGGGAGGACUGAUAGCUUAUAGGUCCAGGCAUCGGCUGGACACUUUGCUGAGCUGCCUCAUCCAAAACCUCGGGCUUUUGAAGACACAGACAUAGGGCCCUGACCUCAACUCGCCCUAAAGCUGAACCGAACCCCUUUGUGCUGUCUGUUUAAUGUUCCCUUGCCUCUUUUCAGGAACAUUUUCUCGUUAUGUGUUCAUAAUGUUAAUUUCUGUAAAUUAAUGACAUUCGUGUCACAACUAAGUUGGUAUAUGAUGUUCUUACAGGGAACCUUGUUCUGUUAAUGUUGCUUGGAACCCUUCAAUAAAUUUCCAAGGGAGGAGUGGAAUUGCCCGGCUGGAGUAGAAUGGCUGAAUUGAGCCAGGCUGGAGCUGGGUUUUAUUUCUCGUCCUGGAGAAGAAAUCUGUGGUUCGGGCCUGAGGCAGGAGAUUCAGAACUGUGGAUCUGAAUAAUGGAGCCAACUGCAUAGCCUUUCAGUAGUUUGUGUUUCUCCUUUAAAAUAAAUAAGUAAAAGCUCAAUGCGGAGGCAGAAAGGGAAUUGGAAAUCAGGAAACAAAAAGGAGAGAUCCACACACGGAGAGAGAGAGAGAGAGAGAGAGAGAGAGAGAGAGAGAGAGAGAGAGAGAGAGAGAG